CGCAGAGCGAGGCGGAAGGAGGCGGAGGAGGGAGCGCAGCUGCCGGGCCCUUCCCUGCCGCCGUGUGCGCACCGGUGGGAGCCUGCUGCCGCGGGGAGCGUGUGCCCGGGGGACGCUGCCGCCCCAGCCCCGUGUCCGGCCCUGCGGCUCCUCUGUGCUCGCCUCGCCCCGCUGCGCACAGGUAACCGCGGAGAAGGAGGCGCGGAGCGGCGCGGAGCAGAGCAGAGCAGCCUCCCCUGGCCGCGAUGCUGCGGGCCGCCCUUCCCUGCCGGGGCCGCGGGCGCUGCGAGUGCCCCGGGCGGUGCUGCCGCUGACAGCGGAGCCUUCGCCGAGCCACCUCCACCGGGACGCAGACUUUCCCUUCUUUUUGUUUAUUCUGCCAUUCUUGAGAUACCGCUAUCCUCCUUCCAAGGACUGCGGGCAGGUCCUGUCUGACUGUAUUGGAUUUUUACCCAUUUAUCUUGAUUGCCUGUCUGAAAGUAUAUUUAUUUUUAAUAAAAGAAAGAGUGGAGCCACAAAUCCAGUUGAUAUCACGUUCCCCUUUCUGUGGAGUCCAGUUUAUUUCUGCAGUUAAAAAAGUUUACUCCCCUCCCUCCAGUUUUAUUGACAGAGAGGAUGAAGAAGGAUUUGCAAGUGAAAGCGCCUUGAAAUACAACAUCUUUUAGAGAGAGCCCUGCAGUUCGCCUGUUGAGUCUCGAAUUCCACCCUUUGCCCCUGCUGAAUCCACUAUUCUGCCCUUUACUCUCUGGGGUAAAAAAACAAACAACAACAACAAAAACCCGAGGGGAAAAAAAUACCUUUGGCAGCAGGGAAGCUUUGUGUGACUGACCCAACGAGCUACAAGUGUCCAGUUUCUGAAAAGAAGAAAACCCUUUUGUCUUCAGCAGAUCCGUAGAAUUAUUUUGGAAGCGAGGAGAGUAUCAAGUGAUCUGGCCUACUGAAGAGGAGACCGAAGCCAUCUCUGAGUGGAGAUUUUGGACUUGCGGGAGGAACGCUGUGUGUGUCCCCCCAUGUGGCAGAACUACUCCUCCUCACCAAGGAAGUCAAAGUGAAGGAAAUAGGUCAAGGGCAGCUUUUACAUUCCACCCAAAAGGCACCACAGUUUGAGAUGAGGAAUUCAGAAGAGCAAGCAGCUACGACAGUUUUACAGCGCCUGCUGCAGGAGCAGCUCAGAUACGGAAACCCAAAUGACAACCGUAACCUCCUUGCCUUACACCAGCAAGCCACAGGAAAUGCCCCCCCUUUCAACAGCACUGGGAGUCCAGCAUCUCAGAACGAAGGGCUGAGCUCCCAGGACCACCAGCUUGUGACUCAUGCUGCCCGUCAGGAGCCCCAGGGCCAGGAGAUACAGGUGGACAACAGCAUCAUGGAGAAGCAGCUCUCCCCGCGACUUCAGAACAGCGAGGAUCUCCCGACCUAUGAGGAAGCCAAAGUCCAGUCGCAGUAUUUCAGGGGCCAGCCGCAUGCUAGUGUCGGGGCAGCAUUUUAUGUAACAGGGGUCACCAACCAAAAGAUGAGGACUGAAGGGCGGCCCACGGUUCAGCGGGUGAGCCCAGGGAAGGUCCACCAGGAUGAAGGACUUAAGGACCUCAAGCAAGGGCACGUCCGCUCCUUGAGCGAGAGGCUGAUGCAGCUGUCCUUGGCCACCAGCGGUGUCAAGGCCCACGCGCCUGUCACGAGCGCCCCACUCUCCCCCCUCUCCCCGCUUUCUCCUCAGCAGUCCAGCGACCCUUAUAAAAAUUCUGGCUCCAAUGAGUUUUACAAGAACUCGGUGCAGCCCCCUUCCCAGCCCAACAUGAAAGGAAUGGAGCAGCGGGGUCCUCCUCCAGAGUAUCCUUACAAAAAUGUGUCCACCCCGUCUAUGAACUGCAAACCACAGGAGUCGGGACAUUUCUAUAGCGAUCAUCGCAUGAGCCAGCAGGGAAGAUCUGAUGGGCCUAUGAUGAGGUAUCAACACCCCCCUGAGUAUGGGUCAGUCAGGCAGAACCCAGAUGUGCAGCUGCAGUUACAACAGAGACCACCUCACCACCACAGCCCAACUUCUUCCUUGACAUCCCUGGGAUCUUUGACUUUGCUUCAGUCUCCACCACCAUCCAGGCUGUCCCCUUCCCAGCAUCAGCAACCUCUGACUCCAAGCCAGGGAGACCCUGGCAUUCUGCCACGGACCCAGCAGCCAUUCUUGUCCAGCCAAGUCCAUCAGGGAGAUUUGUACCGACUAUGCCAGCCCUUCCUAGGCCCGCAGCAGCAGCAAGGCGAUUCCUAUUCAGUAAUGACCCGGGCUCAGCAGAUACCUUCCCCAUAUCAGCAGAUGCAAGUAGAUCCUUUUGCCAUAGUUUCCAGGGCCCAGCAGAUGGUGGAAAUCCUGUCAGAAGAGAACAGAUCUUUACGGCAGGAGCUGGAUGGGUGUUAUGAGAAAGUAGCCCGGCUGCAGAAGCUGGAAACAGAAAUUCAGCAAGUUUCAGAGGCGUACAAAAACCUGGAGAAAUCAUCCUCUAAGCGGGAUGCCCUGGAAAAGGCCAUGAGAAACAAGCUGGAAGGAGAGAUUCGUAGGCUGCAUGAUUUCAACAGGGAUCUAAGAGAACGUAUGGAGACAGCCAACAAGCAGCUUGCGGAGAAGGAAUUUGAGGGGUCUGAAGACAAUCGGAAAACCAUCUCUCAACUCUUUGCACAAAACAAGGAAACACAGAGGGAAAAAGAGAAACUGGAAAUAGAAUUGGCUGCUGCACGCUCCACCAACGAGGACCAACGAAGACACAUCGAGAUCCGAGACCAGGCCUUGAACAAUGCUCAGGCCAAGGUGGUGAAACUGGAGGAGGAGCUCAAAAAAAAGCAGGUCUAUGUUGAGAAGGUGGAGAAGAUGCAACAGGCCUUGGUUCAGCUGCAGGCAGCAUGUGAGAAACGGGAACAGCUGGAACAUAGGCUGCGGACCCGGCUGGAGAGAGAACUGGAAUCUCUCCGGAUGCAGCAGCGUCAGGGCACAUCUCAGGCUGCCAACGUCUCAGAGUACAAUGCCACAGCACUUAUGGAACUCCUGCGUGAGAAGGAAGAAAGGAUUCUUGCUCUGGAAGCUGACAUGACCAAGUGGGAACAGAAAUACCUGGAGGAGAGUGUGAUGAGACAGUUUGCUUUGGAUGCAGCUGCAACCGUGGCUGCUCAGAGGGACACGACGGUGAUCAGCCACUCACCUAACCCUAGCUAUGAUACCUCCCUGGAAGCUCGCAUUCAGAAGGAGGAGGAAGAGAUCCUGCUUGCCAACAGGAGGUGUCUCGACAUGGAGGGAAGGAUUAAGACUCUGCACGCUCAGAUCAUUGAGAAGGAUGCCAUGAUCAAAGUCCUGCAGCAGCGCUCCCGGAAGGAGCCCGGUAAGACAGACCAGCUCUCCUCAAUGAGACCCGCCAAGUCGCUGAUGUCGAUAUCGAACGCUGGCUCGGGCUUGCUGUCCCAUUCGUCAACACUGAGCAGCACUCCCAUCCUGGAGGAGAAGAGGGAGGACAAGAGCUGGAAAGGCAGCCUAGGUGUUCUGCUGGGAACAGAAUAUCGCUCCGAAUCCAUUCCCUCCACCCCCUCUCCUGUCCUCCCUUCCACACCAUUGCUGUCAGCCCACUCAAAAACAGGCAGCAGAGACUGCAGCACCCAAACUGACCGGGGAAACGAACAAAGCAAAGCUGCACCUUCCACUGCAGCUCCCACACCAGGACGACUCCCCGGUGCCAGCCUGGCCUACAGUGCAGACAAAACAGAUGGGCCACUCUUCCACUCCAGCACUCUUGAAAGAAAAGCCCCUGUUCAGACCAUGGGGCAGGACCUCCCAGAUGGAGAGAUGGUAGAAUACCUCAUCUGAAAGGCUGUACCAGGAUCUGAGCUGGGAUACAGUAGCAAGAAAUUUUUAAAAGACAUUUUUUAUUGGGAAAAAAAUGUAGUACCUGAGUAAUAAAAGAACACUUAGCUGUUUGCUCUUGUAUAUUAUGUCUCAAAAGUAUGGACAGGUUAAUUUAUAAUUUGUUCUAAAUUAUAAAAAACCCAUAACACUUGUUCUUUGAAAGUUCCCCCUUUAUUUUUUAAGUACUGGAUCUGGUAGCAUCUGGAGAAAAAAUAAGAACUUAGAUGCACUACAUCUGAUAUUUCAUUUCAGUAUUUUUAAAGUCUCUUAAACAGAAGUACCUGUUCUCACAGCUGUUGAUUAACGUCUAGCUUGAAUGCAGCAAGAUGGGCAUAAUGGCCUUGUAAUGAUCAGGACCAGGGACUUAGUUGUGAGCAUCACUCAAUGGUUUCAGAAUACAGGUAUUCUGAGAAACUUUUAAACUUGAGCUGUGAUCAAGGGAGAUUUGACUUUAUGCUUUCUCUUCACUGUCAGUGUAAGAACUCAAAAUAGGUCUUUCACAUUCAUAGGCUGGAAAAAUUUCCGUUUUCAGUGUGGUAACAGUCUUUUUUUUUUUUUUUUUUACUUCCCAAAUUGUGUUAUUUCUGUAUUAAAACAAAUGACUCCGAUGAUUAAUAUUGCAUUUCACAUUUUUAGUUUCAUUGAAAGAUUUAUUGAAAGAUUUGCCACACUUUUAUACUUAAGUACUUUUUCAAUAAUUUAUACAAUGGAUAGUAAAUAAUAUAUUGCAUUCACGUUUUACGUAAAUUAAAAAAGGAGAGUUUACAAGCUCAGUCCUGAUCUGUUAGAUUUCUGCCAUUGUCAUUCCAUUGGCUUUAGUGGAACUGCUCCAAAUUUACCAUAGUGCAAAUGGCAAGCCCAGUUGCUUUUAAUCUACUGCAUCUGUGGAGAUCUUUCUCCAUAGCAGAUUUUUCUGUAUUUCAAAUGCCUUUCCACUUUGUAUGUCCUUCCUUCUUGGAGAUACUAGAUUCUUCUUCAUAUAGCAAAGCCUCGGAAGUAGAGCUUUAAAGAGAAGCUCUACAUAAAGUGUCAGGUGGCAAAUUGUCUCCUUCCAAAAUAAUUUUUUUCUUCAUCUAACUGGAGAGAGCAGGUUAAAGAAAGUCCCAGAGGCAUUACAGAAGAAAGUUACACAUUUAAGUCAUCAGGUUCACUUUCAGAUUUUUGGAAACUAGCACAGAUGCAGCAAUGCUUUGGUUGCAGAUGCUAUAAGGAGAUACUAAGACCAAUAGAAGUAAAUGAGUAUUUUUUGUUGCUGUCUUUGCAUUUUAUUAAAACACUUCAAUAUUAAUUUCUGUUAAAAACUACUUUUUUUUUUUUUUUUUACUUGAAUGUUAAAACACUUAAUUAGCCAGUGGUCACACAUUGGGAACCUGGCUAGUAUCAGCUUUCUGUGCAGUGUUAGAGUAGCCAGAUUUUCAUUUCAGAUCAUUUCACCCCAGAAAUAAGGAAAAUCAGCAAUUAAUCAUCAGUCAGUGACUGUCCUCAAUUCCCACUUAGUUGGCACUAGCGAUACAUUGUCCCAUUGAAAUGGCCUUACCAGAUCAACAGAUACAACAUGAAUUUCACAACGGAGGGUUGGGAGCUGAAAGGAGAUGCCUUCUGUCUGCUGCACGGGUGAGUGCCUAAAGAUCAGCCAUGAGUUGGAUUCUGUUUGUCUUCUAGUGAUCUAGCAGAUCUGCUGCUUGCUAGUGUUCUUCAGGCUGUAUUCCUAGACCUACAGAAGUUAGAGAUGGCAAAAUACGUAUGGUGAGAUAUGAACUAAGUCUAAAGAGCCUGGCUUUCCCAGUGACUGCUCUGACAGGCAGCACAAACUCCCUUCCUUUGCCACUGCUUAAGACACUUCAGAGCUGCACUUUAAGGCUUUCGUUGUCUCUGCCAUAUGGGACAUCGUCCCCCUGGACAGUGUGGUAGACCUUCCCUAAGUGUAUUCUAAUAAUCUGUCUGAAUUAGUUCUCCACCCUUUUCUAGACAAACUAUUUGCAGCCUCUUUGUUCCCAUCCCUGGGAAUGUCUUACAUUUAUUUCUCUUGGCUUAAUUCCAUCCCAUUAUACGAAGUAAUACCCACUCUGGAUGAUUUGAAGGAUUUCUCUUCCUCCUCCACAGCUGUUGAAAAUGCAGGAGAAGCUUUUCUCAUUAGCUCAAGGUGUCCAUCUUUCUCCCAUUUCAUCAUAAUUUUCCAUAUUAUGUUUUGUGGUUUGAGCUUAGAAUGAACAAUAAGGGAGAUCAAAUGCCAUUGUCUGUGUGAGAGAGGGGGAGAGAUGUCUGAGUGCUUUUCUAUUCUUUUAAAGACAGGAAAAAAUAUAUUCCAUCUUUACAAGUACUUCUCAGCAGUAGGACAGAAGUUUUGCAACUGUAGGGCUCUAGAUAAACAGUUCCAACUUGCUUGAUUGACAUUAAUUCUAAAACAUCUAGAAAAAUUUGGAUCCUUUGCAGAUAAAACCUGUUUUAGAAAACUGAUUUUCCCCAAUCGAUAUUGGCUGUUCAGCUGGACUAGGUAAAAAUAUUUUGUUUAUCCUCCUUGCAGCUUAUUGUUUUCAGACUGAAUGUCUCUGUAAUCUAUUUUUGCAAAGAAAAAAGGACACAAUAGCUUUCUGUGAAUAAAAUACAGAUUAUGGACAGCAACUGUCCAUACCAAAAACGGAAGCCAGGCGGUCUCUGACAGUUUGAGCCAUCAGGAUUGCAGGAGCCUUAGCAGUUCUGUGCCCUUGGAAGUAAAUUGGGAAGAAGAUGGUGCAUUUCUACAUUGUUUAGGUCAGGUUCUUUGUCCUGUUUUGAUUCCUUCCAAAAGCAAAACCCCCAAAACUUUUGACAUGGAAGUUUGAGGUCAUCUUCCUGUGCUCACAAACUAAGAGCCAUCAGGAAUGUAUUCUUUCCCUUGAGCUUCCUCAGAGCCAUCCUGAUGUGAAUGUAAAAGAGCUGCUUGCUUUGAGGAAGAUGUGUACUAUAGUCUUCAGUCUCUCUGUACAGAUUUUUAUUUUGUUUUUAAACAGAAACUGCUUUAAGGAGACAAACUGCACAGCUAGUUCCUUUUCCUUCUGUAGAGCUUAUUUCUAGUAGAAAGUGAUUUUUAACACAAUGAUUGCAAUGACCUUCUUUGCAAACCAAAAUUUUAGACUAAGAGUUUUUCUUAAACUCGGGUAUUAGAAGCAGAAUUGUAGCUUUUAUAAAGAAAGCCACAUAUUCUUCUUUGUAGAGCAAAACAAGAAAAUCAAGUUUAGUUAUUUUUCCUCUUUCCUUUCACUGCUAACAGAAUGGCCAAACUCACAAGUCCUUCCCUUGGGCAGUUCCUCUGGGAUUUGACGGCUCAGGGAACUGCCUGAGAUCUAGAGGCUUUUGUUCCCAUCUGGCCCGAUGUCAUUAGUUACUUCGAAUAGCUCCUACCUGGCAACUCCCGUGGGGUCUAGAGCAGCAAUUUUCAGUCUGUGGUCUCAUGGGGGAUCUGCGAGUUGCUCCUCGGGAGCCUGCAAAGGGUGGCUGAGGUCAGCAAGUACUGUCAGGGGGCUGAAAUUCUUUAUGUGUGCUCUCUGCCUCCAUUGGCAAGUUUGUAGAGUGAGAGGCUGAAAACUGGCAUUAGCUUUGCUUCGUUUUUGAGGCUGCCUGAGUGAGGGGACUUGCAGAGUUUUAGGCCAGAACCAUUUCCAAGGACACCUCCUGCUCCAGGAGCCCGCAGCGAUGACCGGCCGCGCGAGACAUCCAACAACCGCGUCCCGCGAGCCAUGACACUCGUACAGUGAAUCUCGACAGCCCUGGCCAGACGAUACGCUUUUUCCAUUGCUUAUAAAACGGCGGCGAUAUAAACUCGGUGCAGUCAGGACAAGUGAAACCCCUGGGGUAAUUUGGCUCUCUGUCCCUCCCCGCGAGGGCUGGCACAGGUUAGCGCGGGAUUCACUGUGCUGCUUCACGCUGCGGCCGAUGGUUUUACUCCAUGGGGGGAGGGCUGUGGGGAGGGAGGGGUCUCUUUUCAUGUAUUUGUAUAGGAACUCUUUUUUUAAAAGCUAGCAUUUUUAUGUCUAGAAAGUAAAAAGACAUUGUAAAAUGUAAUUGUACUGUAUUUAUGAAGAAAAUACAUUUCUUUUCAAAAAGAUCUUAUUCUAAGUUGGUUUUAGAGUCUGACUUCCGACUAUGUCAUCUCUUAGACUCCCAGAAGCAUUGAAACCCAUCUGCUUCGCACUGCGCUCCAGCUGUACCUUUAGGGCCACGCCAAACUAUUGAGAUGGAAAAAAAAAAAGCAACCGCCUGCCCUCCGAACUCGAGCAGAACCUGUGUUGCUCCGAGUCUUGAAGUAUUUGAACCCUUGAUUUCAUUCAGCUUGGGCUCUGCUCAGGAUCAGAAGUGGAGGUGUCGAAAUAACUGGAGAGCAGUCUGGAGCAACGUGGCUUCCAAGCCUCGCCUCCAGGGAGGGCUGGGACAUAGCGGCCCUUUUGCUCUGGCUGUGGAGCAGGGAUCGCCCACGGGAGAGGCCUCGCUCAGGGCGCCCGUCCUCUCGUUUACGUCUCUUCCGUUUGUGGAGGAGCUUUGGGGGGCAAAUGGCUUCAAGCCAGUUUCCCUUUCAGCAGAGUCGGGGACCAAAAGGUGAGACACGAGUGACCGGUUAGUUGCUUCUCUUUAGGAUCCAAAAUAUCAAAGCAUAAAUUACUGAAAGUUUGCCACUUCACAGCCUCAGAAAACAUGUCAAGACAAUGAUCUUUCCUAUAUAAAUCUAUAUCGAAGUGAAUGGUGUGGAUUAUUUUUUCCUCUCUAUUCAAACCAUCAAGUUUAUUUUGUUGUUUGUGACUAAGCUGUUUUGUAAUUCAGCUGUUGAAACAGCCCUAAAGUCUUUGAAGAUUGUGGCAGCUUUAAUUCUAGGGAAGAAAACGAAAAAGUGUAAAUGUGCACUAAGAGUUCUUGUAAAUGUCUAUCGUUAUCUUUGUAGUUAGCUAUAAAAAUAUUUUGUGUGUUUUUAAA